UUUCUUAGCAAACGAACUCUUCUCUGGUGCCAGAACGUCCUUUCCGAGCUUAUCCUGUUUCCAUUCCCAUUCGAAACCCCAGUCGCGGGUUCUCCGAAGAUCUUAACCCGCAGUAAUGGCGGACUACCAUUUCGUAUACAAGGAUGUCGAGGGCACGAGCACCCAAUGGGAUGACAUCCAAAGAAAGCUUGGGAAUCUCCCUCCAAAGCCCGCCCCAUUCAAACCUCCGCCUUUCUCUCCUUCUCAGGAUGAUUCUUCCAAAUCCAAAGACAAGGCCUGGAUCGAUGACAAGACAGAGGAAGAGCUCGAGGAUCUCGAAGAUGAUCGCGAUCUUGACGAUGACCGAUUCCUCGAAGAGUACAGGAAGAAAAGAUUGGCUGAGAUGAGAGAAGCUGUUCGUGUUUCGAAAUUUGGAUCAAUGGUGCCCAUUGCAGGAGCAGAUUUCGUUAGGGAGGUUUCGCAGGCACCGCCGGAUGUUUGGGUUGUUGUUUUUCUCCACAAGGAAGGAAUACCAGAAUGCAAGAUACUUUCGAGUUGUCUGGAAGAACUGGCGACUAGAUACCCUGCAACAAAAUUCGUUAAAAUUAUCUCUACCGAAUGCAUUCCAAACUACCCGGACCGUAAUCUUCCAACUCUCUUGGUGUACAAUAACAGUGCUGUCAAAGCAACUUAUGUUGGUUUGCAUCAUUUUGGCUCCCAAAAAUGCACUCCUGAAGGUGUUGCGUUAGCACUUUGUGAAUCAAAUCCUGUGCUUAAUGACGGCCAAAGUGGGAGCUCUUUCAUCGAAGGAGUCCGGAAGAGGUUUAUAGAGAAGAUUGUGACGGAGCAUGAAGAAGACGAGGACGGUUAUUCUAGUGAUUAGAGAUCUUCCUCUUUCCUUUUUCUAACAAGUAAUUUGGUGUAUUGCAGUGUUUGUGAGUUAUAGUUGGUGAUUGAAAGGUUUCCAUGUUCUCAUAUAUAUACAUGUGUUAUUAAUUUUUUUUUUUUC